GUAUAAAUGAACCAAGCCUUGAAAUAUAUGCAUCCAGCUUCAGCUUGAUGAGCUCAAACUCUUUUUGUUUUUUCGCUUACUCUCUCGGAAAUGGAAACCGCGAAUGAGUCCUCGGUCCUGGAGCUUAUCCGGCAACACCUUCUCGGAGACUUCACCUCCACGGAUUCCUUUGUCAACAGUCUCAAUUUCAAUGCACCCAAAGCCAUCUGUUCUCACCCCGUCAAACAUGAAGCCGAAAGCCCCAUAUCCGAAUCCGAAUCCGAAUCCUACUCUCCCAUUUUCGACCAAAACUACCAUACAGGAACCGGUACUUUCAUUAUUAGCUCAACUCCAAAACACUUGCUUAAGAACGUUAACCACCCCAAAUCACCCGAGUCAGCUGAAGGUUCGAUCAUGAAGGUGUCGGAUUGUGGUGAUCAGCAGCAGGGGAGGCAUUACAGGGGAGUUCGACGUAGACCGUGGGGUAAGUUCGCGGCGGAGAUCCGGGACCCGACCAGGAAUGGGAGGCGGGCUUGGCUGGGAACCUUUGACACUGAUGUUGAUGCUGCCAAGGCCUAUGAUUGCGCUGCCUUCAAGAUGAGGGGUCGUAAAGCCAUAUUGAAUUUUCCUCUGGAGGCCGGAGUGUCUACGCCAAAUACCUUUUCCGGCCGAAAGAGAAGGAGAGAGAACAUAUCGGUACUGAAGGUGCCGGAAGCUGAUGAGCUGGCGGUGGAGAGUGGGGUGUUUCGGGAUCAAGAAGAGGAUCAAGCUCCAAUACUGUCAUCGUCAUUUAAGAAACCAGUUACUGCCAGUUGUUAGUAUGUUAUUGGGCGUGUUUUGAUACAUCAUAUAUACACGUGCGUCGUGUGCGUGUGUGCUGGUAAUGGCCUAGCCGAUGAGUUUAGCUAGCUUCAAGAGAAAAACAAGG